AUGAGUUUUUCAGCACGCCUACAGACUUCUCGUGAAGAAUAUGAUAGAUUUAUUCCAAAUAAUACAAAUGGCCAGCAAUUCCUGCACAAAAAUAUCAGGACCGGAAAGGAUCUGAAUAGUCCUGAACAAGAAUAUCAAAAGGAAUUGGCAUGUGCAUGUGGAUUGGCAAUUGAUAAGAAUAUAUUGGAAUUUAAGGUUGAACAACAUCAACCCAAUGAUCAUUAUCAAAAAAUUGAUCAAUUAAGCCAAAUUUACAAUUGUCAAUCAGAGUCAUCAUGUAUCAAAAAACGUAUAAUACCAACAGGCCCUGAAUAUAAACUUGAUGUACUAGGAGUGAUUGAUGACUAUUACUUAAAUAUAUUGGAUUGGAGUAAUCAAAAUAUAGUGGCAGUUGGAAUAGAUAAAAGAGUUUAUUUGUGGGAUAUAAUAACUGAUGAGUUGUCAGCAAUUACUAUAAUUAGAAGUGGUACUAAUACUAUUUCAAGUCUUUCAUGGUCUGAAGAUGGUGAUCAUCUUGCUGUGGGAUUGAAUGAUGGCAAUAUUGAAAUAUGGAAUAUUUGGAGUGUUCAAAAGAUUAGAUCAAUGAGUGGUCAUACUACUCGUGUAGGUGUUAUGACAUGGAAUAAACAUAUUAUUGCUUCAGGAUGUAGGGAUGGUAGUAUUUGGAAACAUGAUAUUAGACUUGCACAACAUAAAUUUGCAGAAAUGCACAAUCAUAAUAGAGAAGUUUGUGGUUUGAAAUGGAGAAGUGAUGGUGAACAAUUGGCUAGUGGAGGUGAUGACUGUAAAGUUAAUAUUUGGGAUGCAAAAUCAAGCAUUCCAAAUCUUAUUGCUGGCAUUGCCUUAAUUUCUUAUUACAAAUUCAUUGAAUCAUUUGAUGAUGAUAAAGAGUCAUUAAAAUAUCAAUAA